AUGAAUAUUAGUAAUAGCUUUAGAAAUCCUUUAAUUGCCCAUGACUAUGCAAAUACUGCUGAUAAUAAUGCAGUAACUGUAGGUGUUUUCAUGAUUCUAGCUGAAGCUUUUACUAAAGAUUGGCACUUAGCUAAAAGUGAACCUAUAGAAGACUUUUACUUAAAACUUUUAAAAUAUAGAAAAAUGCUUAAUCUUGAUGAGCAACAGAUUAAGGAACAAUUCCUAAGAGAUUUGUCUUUAGACUUGGAGAAUGAUGUGGAAUGCAUUGGUACUGAGCAACUAUUAGCUGAUCUUUUUGAAAUUUUAGAGCAAAUUAAAAUGCAAAGAGCAGAGAAAAAAUUAGAAUUAAUUUCUGAGAAGGUUUCAGAAUUUGUUCCUAUCUUCAAGUCUGAUUUGCCUUCAAAACCAGUAAUAAAGAAAGUUGAAGUUGACUCUGAUAAUAAAUUGGCCAAUCUUAUGAAGAAGCAGUUGAAGUUGCAUGUAGCUAAAGCUGUUAAAAAAGCUAUGAAAGCACAAUACUCUAAAUCUGAAUCUAAAAGUAACAUUAAGAUUCAUAUUAGUGAGAAAGUUGUACUAAAUAUGCUUGACAGCAUUGCAUCUAUAGAUUGGAUAGAAAAACUCAAAGCUAAAAUUGGUACUAAUAUGUUAGCUCAUGUUAAAAGUUUAUUUACUUCAGCUUUAUCUAUUCAAAAAACUAAUUUUAGUGAAACUGGCUCUGUUAAAAAUUAUAAAAAACCAGCUCCAGAAAUACCUAAUUCAGAUGAUAAGUUUAUUGAUGACCUCAUAAAAAUAGAUUUUGUUUAG